AUGUGGCAUAUUGUCUUAAAUGGUUUGAGGAAAGCCCAGAAGGAGAUUUAGGAAGGUUAUUUACAUCUGAUGUGAUGAUAGCCUAUAUGGGAUGUUUAUAUUCUCUAUGGUUUCUUGAAGAAUUCCUAGAAUUACUUUUAUUGUAA